CGGUCUGUACAGCUGCAUUGUCAGCUUGAAGGCUAAAUGUAUUGCAUUACAGAUCCCUUCUGCAAGAAGCUGUAGCGUUUCCAACAUUCACUACAAGUAAUUAUCGCUCGAUUAGUAGAGGGGAAAUCUGGAAGCAGUCAUUUUCCCACCAACACCGAACAGGAAGACCAAGUGAAAUGGGCUACCACUUGAGCCGCCACCAGCCGCUGCAGUACGGGCCGAGGCCUUCGCACCUGAAGGGCCGAAAGCGGAACCAAGGGCCUUACCUCAGCGGGACGUGGAGCUUUGCGGACGCUUCCUACAACCGGGUUAACAUCAACACGGCCACCGAGGAGGAGCUGAUGACCCUGCAGGGCAUCAACCGGACCCUGGCGCACAACGUCGUGGUUUACCGCCACAAGAUCGGGGGCUUCCGCAAAGUCGAGGACAUGGCUUUGGCGCCGGGAGUCGGGGCUGCGAGGCUCCAACAGAUCCGGCCGGAGGUCUGCGUGAGCAGCCGCGGCUCCUGGCAGCCGGUGGGCGGCCUGUCGAGCUUCGACCUGCUGUCUUCCACCCGAGUGGACGUCAACGUCGCCUCGGAGCAGCAGCUCGCGGCGUCGCUGGGCAUCGCGCAGGAUCUCGCGCAGCGGAUCGUCCGUUACCGCGCCCUGCACGGGCCUUUCAAGCACGUGGACGGCCUGCUUCAGGUGGACGGCCUGGACGGGCCUCUGCUCAGCGCGAUCAGACCCAAACUCAGCGUCUCCUUUCCCAGGCUGGCUCCCUCCCAUUCGUGUGCCCGGCUGGGCGACAGGCCCAAACCAAUGUCCUCCUACUACAGCCUGCAGGACCUCAGCCUGAGCCACGGCACUUGCGAUCGGUUCACUCCGGUUUGGAACCCAGCUGAGGAGGCCUUCACUGGGACUUUUGACGGGAGGAAGGUAGUCCGUAUUGGCACUUGGAACCUGCACAGCCUCACGUUGGACAAGAUCAAUAAUCCGGGAGUGAGGGAAGUCAUCUGCUUGACACUGCUGGAAAAUGGGAUUAAAUUAUUGGCGGUACAGGAAAUACUGGAUGAAGAUGCUUUAGAAAAGAUAUGCCUGGAGCUUGAAAAACCCACCGUUGCUACAGUACAAGAAUGGAAAGGAGACCGUGGCAAGUGGAAGUAUGUUGCAUUAGAUACCUCACUAGGACAGGAAAAACAGAAUGUCGAACGGGUGGCCUUCCUUUGGGAUACUACCUCAGGCCUUGAGUUGGACCGGGCCAUCAGCCUGGAGAAGCUGCUGGAGCAGUACAAUGGACACCAGCCAUACAGCCAACCUUUGCUUGGCUUGUUUAAGGUAGGAAUGCUCCCACUCAACAUCAUCAAUGUUCAUCUUCAGUCCAAAUCAGACCUUGGAGUCGGGGCAGGCACGCCACAAAACACCCUGCCAGUGAACAUGCUCCGAGCGCAUCUUGCAGAACAGAAGCAGCUCAUCAUUUUGGGGCAUUUUGGUUUGCAACCCGAUGCCAUUGAGUUCAAUAUACUGAGAGAGAACCACUUCCAACACUGCGUUCCCUGUGACAUAAACACCAACAUCAGCAGCAAGGACAAGGAUAGUGACUUCACCCAGGGCAACAUCUGGUGGAACCAAGAAGUUGCAAAUGCUUACACAGGGAGAUGGGGGGUGAUUCGACAGGGCCUCAACAGCCCCUGGAUUCCAGACGGUUGGAAAUGGGGAGGAGUCGUUUCCCAGCAUUGCCCAGUUUGGAUGGAGAUCUUCACUGAUGAGGAACAAACUGUGAAAAUCGAUUUACACUGAAACAGCUGUCAAGAGUGAUGGAGAGAAUGGGCUAGCAGGAUGACUUCAAACAGUUAGUUGUUUGGUUUCCAAUCCAAUAAUUCUGCCACGAUGCAGGCUGUUUCACUGACCGGAUAGAAUUCAGAUACCAGCAGACAAUGUUGGGUUCAUGUAAAUCUCUAUCACUAUGCAGACUACAGGGUACUCAUAGUAGUCCCUUGACAUGGAAAAUAUUGAUUUUGACAACUGUAUGGUCGUCUGGUUAAAAUCUUUUUGGACGCUGUCUGAAACUUCUCAGAAGACCCUCAAGUUGGAUCAGAGUUGGAUUUUAAUUAUUGACUUUGGGCUUCUGGAUAGCAGAGUGAUCCAACACUGUCUUAGAAAGCCUUCGAUACAAAUCGAUUGAAAACGGAGAGGAAUCUCAAUACUGGCUCUUCUUAUCUUGGAGAUCAUCAUAACGACUGACCUUAAUGGAUGUCAGUAGAUUUUCAGAUUCUGGUCUGCAUUCCACAGGAUGCACCUUCCAGGUUAGUUUAAUUCUGUUGUCCAUUCCUUUUUUUUGGGAAAAUGCCAACAAUUGCUCAUCAAAACUGGAGCCAGCAUUAUAGCUCAGAGUAUAUCCAGUGAUAUGGCCACUCUCCGUGUUUCCCGCAAGUGAUGUCGAACAUCACCCUCCAGGAGUCAUCGCUAUGUCUGAAAAGUUCGUUCUGUUUUUCUGCAGCCUGACUUGCUGUAUAUUUCCCCAUUUUCUGUUUUUUUUAAUAUAGAUUUCUAGAAUUUACUUUUUGUGUUUGACACAAUCUUCAGAUUUCUCUUCCUCUCUCCUGAAUAUAAAGCCCAUCUUUAAUUCUUCAGAUUCUUUCUAUAAAUGGAAGGGUUUUUUUUCCCCCUAGACAUUGGCAGCUCUCUCAUUCCAGCAUCAAAUGGUCAUUCUCUAUCAGUGAGCCUGACUAUGAAGAAUGAAUGGGAUUUUGGAGCUAUGAAGGUGUCAGUAUACCUUCACAGCUUGUUUCUCAGCAGAGACUGCUAGAAAGUGAAGAAAAUCAGGAAACUUAAUCUAGUUACACAACUUUUUCACAAAUCUCUUAAAACUAUGCAAUGAGUAUUCCACUUUCCCACAGACAAUAGGACUCAACUCUUACUCUGUUAAACCACAAACUGACUUAAUGUAACUUGUUUGCACCUGAUGCACUUUUAUUCAGUCAUUCAAAGCUAUGCACUUUAUGUUUACAAUUAUGUUUGUUGUUUGACAGUUUGCUUCACUUUUAGUGACUGUUGUCAUUUCUUUUGCCUGUGUUAGAAUUAAUAUCACCACAAGGUUUAAUGGCAGGGGGCUUCCUAAAUUAUUGUGUUCUGAUCAUUCUUUAUUUCCACUUUUAUUUAGAUGAUUGUUUGUUAUUCUUGUGUGUAACCAACUGAAUCACUGAGCUCUUUCUUACUGAUCUUCCUCUUCCCCCAUUUCAUGGGAUCCCUACUGUGUGGAAGGAAACCAUUCAUCCAACUGAAUCCACAAAAACCCUCCGAAGACCCACUCACUACCCUAUAACCCUCCAUAUCCUGUGGCUAAUCCACCUAGUCUGCACAUCCCUGGACACCAUGGGUAAUUUAGCAUGGCCAAUCCACCGAAACUUGCACAUCUUCAAACUGUGGAAGGGGGAGAAUGUGCGGUCUCCACAUAGACAGUCGCCUGAGGCUGGAAUUGGAUCAAGUCCCUGGCACUAUGAGGCAGCGGUAUUAACCACUGAGCCACCAUGCCGCCCAAGUUCUUCGACAGUCUUAGGAACAAGUUAAGUUGCACAAGUUGGGUAGAAGAGCACUGCUGAAAAAUCACAGCAGUAACCAGGACUUUUACUCCUUGAAAAUGGGAAUUUAAAAUUGUUUUAAAUAUGUAUUUUAUUUUCUGUUCUGUCUUUUGCACUCAUCUGGUGUCGAUGUGAAACACAACCAGGAGUAACAUAGAACAUGAGUAAACCAAGCCCCGUCUCCCCCUCACACAGGUCUUAGUUGUUACUGCUGAGUAACACCUGCUUAUUUCUGCAGUGUAGUAUUUCUCACAGCUAUCUUUGCAGCCCUCCUGAGAACGGACUAACGGUUUACGGACAAUGCAGUACCAUUUACUCAUGCUUGGUAACAGAGUGGUUACUAACUGAUUUUAAUGGAAGGAAACCUUCAGUCUAUUUACCUGGGCAGCAUUCGGAUCCACGUCAUGGAUGUGAAAGAGCAGCCCGCUAUUUCACUAAAGUAGAGUGCCAGA